AUGAACUCCACCCUUCAGCACGGAAUGCACACUUCUCUCCACUUCUGGAACCGCAGCACCUACGGACAGCACGGCAACGCCACUGAGUCCCUUGGCAAAGGCUACCCCGACGGGGGAUGCUAUGAGCAACUCUUCGUCUCCCCGGAGGUGUUUGUGACUCUGGGGGUCAUAAGCUUGCUGGAGAACAUUCUGGUGAUCGUGGCAAUAGCCAAGAACAAGAAUCUGCACUCACCCAUGUACUUUUUCAUCUGUAGCCUGGCUGUGGCCGAUAUGCUGGUGAGCGUUUCCAACGGGUCAGAGACCAUCGUCAUCACCCUGUUGAACAGUACGGAUACGGACGCGCAGAGUUUCACGGUGAAUAUUGAUAAUGUCAUUGAUUCGGUGAUCUGUAGCUCCUUGCUCGCCUCGAUUUGCAGCCUGCUCUCAAUUGCAGUGGACAGGUACUUUACUAUCUUUUAUGCCCUCCAGUACCAUAACAUCAUGACGGUGAGGCGGGUUGGGAUCAUCAUCAGUUGCAUCUGGGCGGCUUGCACGGUGUCAGGCAUCUUGUUCAUCAUUUACUCGGACAGUACUGCUGUCAUCAUCUGCCUCAUCACCAUGUUCUUCACCAUGCUGGCCCUCAUGGCUUCUCUCUACGUCCACAUGUUCCUCAUGGCCAGACUGCACAUCAAGAGAAUCGCUGUCCUCCCGGGCACCGGCACCAUCCGCCAAGGGGCCAACAUGAAGGGUGCCAUUACCUUGACCAUACUCAUUGGGGUCUUCGUCGUCUGCUGGGCCCCAUUCUUCCUCCACUUGAUAUUCUACAUCUCUUGUCCCCAGAAUCCAUACUGUGUGUGCUUCAUGUCUCACUUUAACUUGUAUCUCAUUCUGAUCAUGUGUAAUUCCAUCAUCGACCCUCUCAUUUAUGCACUCCGGAGCCAAGAGCUGAGGAAAACCUUCAAAGAGAUAAUCUGUUGCUAUCCUCUGGGUGGCCUUUGUGACUUGUCUAGCAGAUACUAG